GUCUGUACUCAGUCCAGGCAAGUGCUCUCAACCGUAAGGCUCUAACGAUGGCUGUUGUAAGUGUGGCAACGUGGCUCGCGCCUAUGAACUUGGCUAUCGUGGCGGUAGCCCUGUUUCUUGGCUACUUUCUACUGAGACCAAACCGCUGGCGGGGUAACCCACCGCCCGGCCCCAGCGGGUGGCCCGUCGUCGGCAGCAUGUUCGAACUCGGCAACCGACCGGUGAUCUUUUUUAACAAGAUGUCGGAGCGAUACGGAAAUAUAUUCAGUUUGAACAUGGGCCAGAAGCGCGUAGUUGUUGUCAACAGCUACGAGACGUGGGCAGAGGCUAUCGUAGAGAAGGGGCACAUCUUUGCCGACCGGCCCGACCUAGCCUCUUUCAAGCUACAGGAAGCUGGGGACCAAAGUCGCGGUGUGGCAUUCACAAGAGCUUCGGAAAUACAACGCAAGAAAAUCAAAUUCGUUCGUGCGGCUUUUAAUCCGGCCAUUCCUGAAGUCGCCGAAAGGUUUUACACGAUUCUGUCGAGUGAAGUCGCGUUGCUAAUGCAGGACAUCGCCAAGGAAAAUGGUAAACCGUUCGACCCACAUCACGUGAUUGAGUUCUGUUACGUCAACAUCAUCGGAAUGUUGCUUUAUGGAAAAAUCUUUCAAGAAAGAAACGAGCAGUACAUGAAAUGGGCGGCUACGUUCGUUCGCAGGUUGGCGCUAGGAUCAUGUAUGCUUGUGGACUGGUUCCCAUCGCUCGCCUACAUUACCAGCGGUAAAGCCAAAGAAUUAAAAAGACUCGUACAAACGAUGAUGGACUGGCACAUGAAAUUACUCGAGGAACACCGACAGACGUUGAACGAGUCCAAUCCGCGCGAUUUUCUUGACUACCUGCUAAUCCAGCAGCAGAAGGGCAAGCUGAUGGUGUCUGACACCGACAUCUGUUGUGUGUUAGAUGAUUUACAGAGCAAUGGAUUUGAUACUGUCACUGCUAACACUAUCUGGGGCAUUCAGCUGCUUGUGCAGAAUCCAGACGUGCAGAAGAAGCUGCAGGCUGAGAUCGACGAGGUCGUCGGCAGCGGCAGGGCGCCGACGACGAAGGAUUUCCGCAACAUGCCCUACUUGGAGGCUACGCUUUGGGAGAUUCAGCGUGUAGCAAUAAUGGCCCCCAUACCUGGUGCACGUGGCACGUUGUCUGAUACCACCUUAGGAGGCUUUGAUAUACCCAAGGACACAGUUCUAAUGGCCAACCACGCCAAGAUGGCUAUGAAUCCUAUCAAUUUCCCACAGCCGCAGAAGUUUGACCCGUCUAGGUAUCUGGAUGAGAAUGGAGUCGUCGUGGCACCGGAUAAAAAGAUGAUGCUGUUUGGCAACGGCUUCCGAAUAUGUCCCGGCAUGCAAUUCGCUCGUGGCAUGAUGUUUACUGUCAUGGCGAACCUGCUGCAGCGUUUCACAUUUCAGCUACCAGAGGGCGUCACAGCUUUUCCUGUCGGUAGAACCGAUGGACUUGUGCAGUAUCCAGUUUCUUAUAAGAUCACAGCUAUCCCUCGAUAAACGCCUCGGCAGUGAAGGAAGAAAACAGAGUAACGAAUAUUGGUGUUGGUUAACAUAGUCAAACGACACAGUUUCCUUAGCAAACCUCAAUUCUAUUGUUCUUGUUAUCAUGUAUAGGUCGUGUUUUAAAAUGUAAAAUUAUAAAAUUAUGAUCCCUAUUAUCUACUUCUGAUUCUAUUGUUCUUGGAAUCAUUUAUAUUUUAUGUUUUCAAAUAAGAAAUUAUUAUUCAUUAAACAUUCGUUGAUAUCUUUCGAAGCGGCUCAAGUUUAAUCCUAUUCCUUUGUUGUUGUUCGAAACAAGCAAAAAAUCUUUGCGAUAACUGUAUGUAUUACAUUAUAAUUUUCCAAGUAUUGUUGUAGAUUAUAUUACAAAUAAUAUAAAAAAUCAUAAAAAAAUGUUAUGUAUUUAUAUCAUGAUUUGCCACAUGUCUAACGGAAGGAAAUCAAACGACAUUCUUGAAUAAUGAGUCCAGAAUAUCUUUGGAAUUUUGUACAAUGAUCAUUAGACAAGUCUUGCAAAAUUCACUCCAUCGUAAAAUAAACAGUAUUUUUUAUUUUCUUAUUUACCGUU